GCCAGUCUUCAUCAUCUCCCAGGGAUCCAUGUGCUAUCCCAUCUGUUCCAUUCCUUGGUGCCUUAUUGCUCCUCACUGAAUACCAUCAUGUCAGGAUUUUCUAAGCAGCUUCAUAAGUCAAAGACUCAGAUCGUCACAGAUGACUGUCAAGAUGAGGAUGACGCCAACCCAUUUUCUUUUAAAGAGUUUGUGAAGAGCAAAAAUCUCUCGGACUUACCCUUAAAACACUGUGACGGAACAUUUUCCAAGGAUACUAAACAUUCGUCUAUGCUACUUCCUGGUUCCUCGUCCCGAUCUGUACAUAAGGAAUCGUAUAAUAGUUUGAAUUUGGAAUACAAGGAUACAUUUUUUAAAGACCCUACUAUGUGUGAAGAUCUAUUGGAUGAGGAUGAAGAUGAUGAUGAUGAAGAAGAAGAAGAGAGUUGGUGUGCAAGUUAUCAACCCUCUGUUAUUGAGAGCAACCACGAUGCCAGCAGUGGGUCCUCGCCCAAUGGCACGUUUAAUGAUUAUUUUGGAUAUAGCGCCAAUAAGGUAUCAGUGGCAGAACAGUAUCCACCAUGGGACUUUCCAAGCAGCAAAAUCUAUGUCCCCACUUCUGCUCCUGGGUCGCAAGCUGAGUCUCAUCUUGAUACUAUUAAGGAUUCCCCAGCAGACUUGCAAUUCCAUAACCUAAAGCUAACGCAUCAAGAGCUUCAAGAAGAAAAUGCCUAUUUAAAAAGAAAAAUGGUCAAACUUAAGGAACUGAACCAGCAUCAGUUUGAAAAAAUUAAAAUCCUGGAAAUGAAUCUGGAAGAGAAGAUUCUUAAAGAGGAAAAGGAAGCACGGGAUUUGGAGUCUAUGGUACAGCAGGUAGAAAACAAUCUGCAGAUGAUGACGAAAAGAGCAACAAAGGCUGAAAAUAAUGUCACAAAAUUAAAACAGGAAGUGGCUCUUCUUCAGAUUCAGCUAAACACGUAUAAGUCUGAGAACGAGGCUCUACGUAAAGGAGAAACUGCAGGUAUGAACGCAGUAAAACAGAACGCAUCCCUCGCUUUAGAGAACCUUCACAAAGUUGUCAGUGGUGCACAGUCUUCCAUAAAGCAGCUACUGUCCGGUGCCGAAACGUUAAAUCUAGUGGGUGAACUGCUCCGGUCCAUAGACAAAAUCGCAGAAAUUCACGAAGAAGGUGUACCAUGAAUAGUAUGCAGACUUCUUAAAUUAAAAAAUUGCUGUUAAUGGUUCACUAUACAGCCACUACAUACCAGAGAUUUAUAUGUACUAUUUUUAUAAAAAUAUUGUUCUCAGUAUUCAAUUCAUCCACAUUUCAUAAAUAUUUAAUGUCUUAAGUGUUAACUGGACCUUAAGAAAACUUUUUUUUUUAUUUUUUUUUUAUUUUGGGAUCCUACCUAAAUGGAAACAUUAAACAUUUGUCUGUACGAGACACACUAAUACAGCAACGCAUUUAUAUUACAAACAAGCUUUACAGUCUCUAACCAAGUGAUAAAAUGGACUUUAUUGUCAGGACUUAACUUAUGUUUUUAAAUUUAGGCACGAGGUGACAUGCGCCAUUGCAUUAUAUACAUAAAUAAGUGGUAACAAGUAUCUCCAUUAAAACCCCAUUUUAUUGUUAAUAUCAGCAGCGCUAGAUCCACAUCUGGAUCCUGCUGCAAGCGCUGCUGAUUGGCUCAGAGGCAGUUUCUACUCAAGACCAGCAGUGCUCUGUGGGGCUUAAACCAUGUGAUUAACACCUCCUAUGGGGUUUAAUCACAGAGCAUUACAGCAAGUGUUAAACCUACAUGCUCUAAUGCAGUGUUUCCCAACCGCAGUCCUCAAGUACCCCCAACAAGCCUAGUUUUUAUUAUAGCGGAACCAGUGCACAGGUGAAGUAAUCAGCUGAUCAGUAACCAUGGUUACUAACCUGCUCUCAUCCAUCAGAUGAUUAUUUCACAUGUGCUCUAGUUCAGCUAUAAUGAAAACCAGGACUGUUGGGGGGUACUUGAAGACCGCGGUUGGGAAACACUGCUCUAAUGCAAUAGAGCAUGUCACUUUAAUGCUACAGUGGCAUUUUAAUGUCUAUGGAGAUGGUUUAUGUUCCCACCAAUUUACACAGUGGAAACUAGGCCUGUUUAUUUUUAUUAAUUUAGGGAACAGUAGUGUUUGUAUUCUUGCAUAAUCUGUGGUUAACUGUAAGUGUGCAGGUAAUAAGUGCUCACUCACAUUAGAAGCUAAUUCGUCAUUGAGAUCAGCUGCUUCUCCCUGCAUGCGCAUCGUGACCCAGAUUGUCAGGGUCUCAUAAAGAUCAGAGUGCUUAGCAAGACACAUGCAUUCAGCAAUACAGUCCUUAAACCCCAGGACUAUGUGACAUAUAGCCAGGUUGGAACCAUAGCUCUAAUAGUAGUGCAUAUGAUUUGUGGCACUGCCAACUUGUUGUGUUUGUAAGCGGUUACCCCCAAAUUGAUAGUUAAAGUAGUUUACUUAACCCCUGUGUGUGUGCUAGGCAACAAUACAUCCUUAAGUAGCCUGUAACUGUAGGCAGUUUGUUUAUGCUAACCAACAAGAGGUAGAUCCAGUCAUGUGCCAUACCACUCGUUCCCUUAGAGUAAGUGCAAAACCACACUCUUGUGUCCCUCCUCUACAUGGUGAUUAAAGGGGAAAAACAUCUGUGAAAGUGCUGUAGUAUAACUAGACUCAGUCCAACUUUCACCUCUGUUCAUCUUGCAGGACACAAGAGCGUGCAGGGUUCAUACUCUAGAGGCGGCGGUAAGGCAUGUGAUUGGCCGUAACGCCAACAUGAGCAUAUUAAAAACCUGCAUCUGGCUAUGGCAACCAAAGGGGAUGAGUUCCAGCACAUAUGGGGUUAAAUAAACAUUUAUAUAUCUAUUUAAGGGUAAAGGUUUACAAUCACAGUAUGUUAGCAGCACCGUACGGUAUCUACCUUGCUAUUAGGUCCACGGUUUAGUGCCCCUUUAAUGCUGCUGGAAUGGACGUUACCCUGUUUCUGUCCAACAGCCUGGAGAAAAGCCAGAGCUCAUUGGUUAUGGUUCUACUGUACCUGGUGAAGAAAUAGAAUUGAGAAGUCGCACUCCAAUGCUGCUUGUGAUUGCAAGAGAACGUUGCUGUAUAACUCAGCAGUCUAUGAUAGGCGUUUAUGUGCAUCAAAUUGUGACGUCCAGUUGGCAGCCGCAGCCGAGCAAUGGUCAGGUUUCUGUGGCUAUUUCGCACAAGAACCAUGAUGGCAGAAUACAAAUACCACUGCUUCCAACUCAACAUUGUACCAAAACCGGAAAACACUUUAAUACAACCACGUACAUUAAUAUCUCCCAGUUUUAAUGAAAGGAACAUCAUCAUAGUAGCUGCACAUAGAUGCCUCUUGUGUGUGUUCAGCUAGCUCCCAGUAGUGAAUUUUAUUUCUUUCUACAAAGGAUAACAAGAGAAUAAAGCAGAUUUGAUAAUAUAAGUGACUUGUAAUGUUCCUUAUAAAUGUAUGCUCUAUUUAUAUCGUGAAAGAAACGCUUUGAGUUUAAUGUCCCUUUAAAGGUUGUAUAAAUCUAUGCUUAAACUAACCGUAUGUGCAAUUGAUACUUCAUUCCUCAUUGGCUGAAAGGAGCCAUUCCCACUGCCCUGUCGGUGCAUUCAUUCAUCAAAGUUUACAAUAAACCUAGUGCUAUAAACUCAGCCAUAGUAAAAAAAUAUCAAAGGAACAUGCAUGAAGUUAAAGGGACACAACUAUAAAUGUGUUUUCCUUUUAAUGCGUUCCAAAUGUCUUAUUAUACCUACUGCAGAGUAUUAAAUGUAUAGGAAAUUAUUCCUUCAUGUUUAUUUUUGUAUUUGAAAUGUUUUUUUUUCUCUCAUUAUAAACAUCACCUGCUGGACAAGCCUUUAAAAUGAGCUGAGCUGCUAAUGAUAUUUAUGUACUAAAAAAAAAAAACAUCCUCAUAGUUAGGUAUUGAAAUGUUAAUUAUGGUUGGGGAGUUCAAUGAGCACAACCAGCUAUUUCAGAUACAAAAAUCUCUCACCCCACACACACACAGGGGGAUUAAAUAGUGGUAUUGUCUCCUAUUAGAUUUUUUAUUUUUGUUACUCAUAUCUUCAGUAUAUGUGGUGGUUUAUAUUGGCAAAAUCAGCUAUUUUAAAUCACAAAAUAAAGGUAAAUGCGUUGUUUGCAAACAUUUAAAUACACUCCAGUAAGUAAAAUGAACCAUUGUUAUCAAAAUAAAGUUUAAACUGCAUUACUUCACAUCCUCUUAUUUUACUACCUUAACAUUGGGAAGACAAUAAAAGAGAAGCUUGCGCUCCCAUUCAUUUUUAUAUAUAUAUAUUUUUUUUUUAUCUCGCCGUUGCGCAAUGCUAAGUAACUUUAGGGUGAUGCUUUUGACUUAAAGGGACAUGCAACGCCCACAUUUUUCUUUCAUGGUUCAAAUAGAGCACAUGAUUUCAAAUAAGUUUUGAAAUUACUUCUAUUAUCAAAUUUGCUUUGUUCUCAUUCUAUUCUUUGUUAAAAAGCACCCUUUUAAAUGUAUCCUUUCCUAUAUUUGAGUAAAAAUGACUGACUUAUUUUUUCAUUUCACUUUAUUAAAAAAAAGUUAUAUUUGUCUAAAUAAAUUCUAAAAUGUUGUAAAUAUAUAUUUUGUUUACUAAUCCAAACUUAUUUAUGUUAAGUAAAAUUAAACUAAAAUGCACUUUUUAUUAAACGUGUAAGGCUUUUAACACUGUUCUGUUUAACUACCUUAUUAAUACGUUGUGUCUACAGCACUUUAUAUAGAUUUAAAUUCACUUUUAUUGUAAAUAUUCAGGAUCAAUUCACUCCCAGUUACUUCUGAUUUCAAAAUACCUUUUUUCAGUUACAUUGUUUGAAACUGAUAUUUUUGUUAAAGGGACAUGAAACCCCAAAAAUGAUUCAGAUAGAGAAUACAGUUUUAAUAAACUUUCCAAUUUACACCUUUUGUCACAUUUGCUUUGUUCUUUUGGCAUUCUUUGUUGAAGGAGCAGCAAAGCACUACUGGGAAUUAGCUGAAAAGAUCAGCUAAGCCAAUGGCAAGAGAAGCAUACGUGCAUCCACCAAUUGGCAGCUAGCUCCCAGUGCUGCAUUGUUGCUCUGAGCAUAUUUAGGUAUGCUUUUCAACAGCCGAAAACCAGAGAACAAAGCAAAUUAGUUAAUAGGAGUAAAUUGGAAAGUUAUGUAAAAUCACAUGCUCUAUCUGAAUCAUUAAGAAAAAUGUGGGUUUCAUGUCCUUUUAACUGCCCUUUGAUUGGACCAAGUGCUUCUCAUGUAUAUAUUCAUUGGCUUUAAUAAACAUUUUCCAAUUA